GAAUCGUACUUAUUCUUUGUGCGUCAGACAGCCGUUUCCCUGCCCACCCUUCCUCUGCUCCCUAGUGCAAUAGCGGAUGCUAUUCUAGAAGGCUAUUAGUAAUGAAGGCUAAGUACCCCCACCCCAAGCAUCUGUACUGAACCACCCAGAGACUAGCCUGAUAAUGCAGUAGUAUUGAUUUCCUUCCUUCCCUUGUCUCUCUCUCUCUCUCUCUCUUUCUCUGUGCACCAUCACAACACAUGGGUAUAAAGACGUGUGUGUGCACGCGUGUGGAUGUGUACACACCCUAAAUCAAAUCUAUUGGCUUAUAAAGAGCAACUCGAGAAGGAAAGGCACCACUAAUAGGGAGACAAGUGACCUGACUGUGCUGGUGGGAAGCUGUGAUAAGGAGUUUAUGUUAAUUCAUUAUUAUUAAUUUUUUUAAGACAACAAUCUCCAAAUCUAUUCCACUGUAUUGUGAUUUAAAAAUGAAAGCAAGUUUAUGUUACACUGCAGUUGCAAGAGAUGGCUAUCAGGGUUGACUGUGAUUCAUGAGAUUUAUAUGGAGAAAAACGAAGUUCUAAUCUAAUAGUCAAUAGUUUUUUAUUGAUUACUGGAGCAGAGAUCAUAUGCACUGCAGUGUGAUGGUGCAGGAAGCUUAGAGCUGUGAUGGGAAGUAAUGAUGAAGCUGGUCUGAGGUAUAUAGUAGUCAUCAGGAUGAUGAUGAUGUAGCAGAAAGCCACACACACACACACACACACACACACACACCUCACACAGUGAACUUGCCUCACUGUCAUCCCUUUCUUUGCAUGCUGGCUUAUGGCAGUGGAAUAUUUUGUUGACUGGAUAUAUUGUUUUUUUCUGCUCCUUUAAUUCUUUCCUGGUGACAAAGCAACACUAGCCAAACAGACCAUACCUGUCCCACUGGUUGAGUGCUGUAGAUCGUUUAUGCUGACGAGCCACACUUGUCUACCCAGUUUCGGGACAACUUAUUGUUAAACUCAUUUCCACGUGUCUGUGGGGAAAUUAUGAUAAUGGGCUUGCUAUUCUGCCCCUGUUGCUCUGUUGCUGUGCUGAAACCCAGCAGAAUUGAUCUACUGGACCUGGCACCAUGUCAGAGAGCAGCUGAAAAAGGCAACCUGCCCAGCAACGUAACGUCACAGAGCGGAAGUGGCUGCCAGUGCUCCUAUUGGAUUGAUGAAAAGUGCUGCAAAGGUUUAUGGUGUGGCGUGACUUUAAAUGGUCAGCCUUCACAUUGUUUGUGCAGUUGUUCAGUGUGGAUCUAUAUCAAAUCUAGGUGGUUAGGUGGCCACUCCCAAUGCGUUCGAAGCUGAUGUAUUUAUCACAGCAUCUGAAAGAAAUUGUCACAAUGCAAGGACGGUAACAGUGAUAUAUAACCCAUACAUUAGUAGCACAGGAGCACACCACAUGCAGCUGAGUGGGAGGAGACUCGAGCCUCCUCUAUUAAUAGCUCAGUGCAGUGGAUAGUCUGUACUGAGCAUGAAGAAGUUUUAGAGCACCCAAGUUGCCUACAAAAUGAUGGGAUCUGCCCAGAUUCUUCUGUGUGCCCAUACCUGGCUGUCCACCUUUCUGCAGCCAUCCCAGUCUUUGCCGUGGUUCUCUUCCUCUUUGUCAUGGCUAUGCUGCUAAGGACGAGCUUCAGUGACCCAGGCGUGCUCCCCCGCGCCCUGCCUGAGGAAGCCAACUUCAUUGAAAUGGAGAUUGAGGCAGCCAAUGGCAGUGUACCGGCUGGACAGCGCCCUCCUCCCCGCAUCAGGAACGUGCAGAUCAACAACCAGAUUGUCAAGCUGAAGUACUGCUACACCUGCAAGAUCUUCCGCCCUCCUCGUGCUUCCCAUUGUAGCAUCUGUGACAACUGUGUGGAUCGCUUCGACCAUCACUGCCCAUGGGUUGGAAACUGUGUGGGAAAGAGGAAUUACCGCUACUUCUACCUGUUUACACUCUCUCUCUCCCUCCUUACCAUCUACAUCUUCACCUUUGACAUCGUCCAUGUCGUACUACGAUCGGUGGACUCGGGAUUUGUCAACACUCUCAAGGAAACCCCUGGGACUGUGGUGGAGGUGCUGGUGUGCUUCUUCACACUGUGGUCUGUAGUGGGACUGACUGGCUUCCAUACGUACCUGAUCUCCCUCAACCAGACCACCAAUGAAGAUAUAAAAGGCUCGUGGUCAGGAAAGAACCGUAUCCAGAACCCAUACAGUCACAAGAACAUUAUCAAGAAUUGCUGUGAGGUGCUCUGUGGCCCCUCUUACCCUAGUGUUCUGGACAGAAGAGGGGUGAUGCCUGAAGAACCCUCUAUCUCCACUCCUUCUGGUACUUCUGACGCCACUGCCACCACAGACACUCCUGUUCCACCUAACACAAAAACCACAGCUCCACUGAUUCCCAACGAACACACUCCUGAUGAGGCCAAGCCCAGCAUCGCCACUGCCCAAAAAACCACGGCCAGCAACCCGAAAGAGGAGAAGCCAUCCAGCCCAAGAGACUUUUCCCCUAAAAUCGCCCCUGCCCCCAUCGUUGUCAAAGAAUCAGCCCACUAGAUCUCUGCUACAAAUCUCUGAAUGGUGAUUCAUUAAGGAAGAUGCAUAUUUGAACAAUCCAAAGGGCCACAGGCUCUCAGAGAGACUCUGAUUUUCAGAGCAGCAGCUGUUCCUCACUGUCCAUGUUCAGGUGAAGAUCAUUUCAACUUUGGCUGCCUCACUGUUGAAGGCCUCUGGUGGUAUCACAGCACUCUCCCUCUUUCUCUGAAACGCUGCAUGGCAAAAACACACAAAAGACAAAACAUCUAAUGGACCGUUUUGCUGAUCGUCUACUUGCAGUGCUUUCCUUCAUGCAGCACUUCCUAAUGGCCAUUUUUCAUUAAUUAGCGUUCCAUCUGAUCUGAUGCAUAACAUCUGUAGAACUUUGUGCAGCGGUUGGUGAAACAGGUCCUAUGCAACACAAACAUAUGGAGGAUUGUUUUUAAAGAGAGAGACAUAAACCAGCCACCUAUGUUCAAACUACACAUGCAAACAGGUGAUUUUAUUUCCCAGCAGCAGAGUGGGGCCAACUGGAUGCUAUUUUCAAAUACCCAUGAUAGUCAUUUGCAUUAUUCUAACUAGGUCAGUGACACAAUCUGUCUUUUGUUUUCUUAAAUAUUGCUUCACAGACACGAACAAUGUACAAAUUGUUUCAGAUCAGUCUGUGAUGAAGGACACCCGAAUACACUUUCUGUAUGUGAGGUGUGUGUAAGUAUCAGCACAUACAUGUUGGCCUGUUGUUGACAGACACUAGUAACAGUGCCUUAUCUGAAGCUGCACUAUCUCAGACAACAUUAGGCCAUUUGCAGAGAAACUCUUCAACUUCCAUUUCAUUAUAAAACCUAAUAGUGUAUAAUGAGUAUUAAAGUGAUGGCUUUUAAAAUAGAACACUAAUGUAAUGUUGACCUGCAAAAAUAUGAACAUCAACAAAACAAGCCAUGGUAUAAAUGUACAUAGUUUAAAAAAUAUUGAGAGGUUGUGGAUACAAGAAGUGAAAGAAUGUCCCUGAAUGAACAUGAAGUGGAAAAAAUUGCCUCAUCAUUCUCCUGGUGAUUGUUCUCCCUCCUAACACAACAAACGAAAUGAGUGAGGUCAGCCCAGAACUGCCUCCAUAGUCAUCGUUGUUGUCAUCAUCACCAUCGCCACCAUCAUCAUCCUCUUCUCUUCUUUCACUUGCAGCCGUGAGUUGGCAACUUGUUUUGGGUGAGCAGUAUAUUUGCUUAAAAAAACCCCAACUCAGAGUAGAUGGAAUUUAUUUCUCAUAAUCUUUCCACAUUUGUUAUUUUCAUGCUGAGAAACAGUAUACUCAUCCAUGCUUAGAAGAGGGUGUUUAUAAUGCCAGACUUAGGGAAGUGAGAUAAAGGGAUAUAAUAUGCAAGAUUAUUUUGGUGGUCAACAUAUUUAACCCAUGCUAUUCUGUGAUCUGUGCAAGUGUCUUUUCUUUUGACACAUUUAUUUGUAUGUAGGGUAGAGUAGGCACCUUUGUGUAUGCUUAAGCUAUUGUCUAGUGGAAGAAUGUUGCUGGUGUACAAUGAUGAACGAAUUCAAAUACCAUUUACUACUUUCACAGUAUCUUCAACUCUGUGCAAUAUAUUUUGCUAUAUAGAGCAUUUUUGUCUUGUUUGUGGGGUUGGGAGGGGAGGGGGGUUAAUGUAUAAUUACAUUAUGUGUAAUUGACUCUUGGAACUUUUCUGACCACUAUAACAAGGCUAUUUAGUGUCAAAUGAAUGGAAAGGGAAUGAAUAAAGGGUGCAGUAUUUAUGUUUCCUGUGUUAGGGCUUGGAGUUAAACUGUAAAUGACGGGAUGACUACAGCUUGAGCUCCAUUUAGAGAUGCCAAGUCAAUCACAGAAAUGAUUUUUUUUUUUUUAUGCACACAUUUGAAUGUUAAUGCCUGAUUUUAAGAACACUAACUGUUUCAUAUGCCUUUGAUUUUUCUCUUUCAUUUAUAUGGAACGUUUGUGUAGAACCUUGUACUUUGAAGUUCCAGUUAGCAAUUGAUGCAACAGGAUUUAGUUGGACUUUAGUGGAGGCCUUUGACUCUUAACAUCAAUGCUGCACCUGCUGAAAUGUGUAAUAUGAACAUUUAACAUCUCUAUUAGCAAACUCCAUGCUAAUGGAGGCAGUUGAUCCAUUUUCUGAUUGGGCUUUAAGAUUGUUCAGUUCGGUUCAACUUAUUGAUUUGCUGUACAAAGUAGUAAGAUCAGUUGCUUCUUACCAAAUCAGCAUGUUCUGGUGAGUAUGUUAUUGUGAACAGUUGUAUGAAGGAUUAGUUAGUUAGAUGAUUGCACUGCACUCUGUCUGUGGAAGGUCUGCUUUUUUAAUUAGGCCCACUGUGCUUAUUUUGAGGUACAGCUGAAGUGAUCACCCACUUGAGAUAUGUCAAUCUACAAUCAGUCUUAAUGCCAAGUCAUUGUAGGAGUUAAUAUGUACUGAAUAUUAGCAAAAAUUAAGGUGUGCUCGAAAUAUAUGUUUACAGUGUAUAAUAUAUACACUAUAAUGCAUUGCAAGGUAAUUAUGUUUCUGUUCAUUUUUCUUUGUAUAAACACUGUGAUUAUCUCAUAAUUUUCACUUCUUUUUACAUGCUGGAUUAGUGUGUGUAUGUAUGUUCAUUAAAUUAUACUAUAUCUUACUAUA